AUGUGCUACUUCAUGGACCGACGCGACUUCCGCAACAGCAGUGACCAGAACCGGCUCACUAUGGACGCACUGGCCAGGGCCAUCAGCUCGUUCUCGGUACCCAGGGAACAGGUGUUCCCGCCUGGCUCUGUGGGUCCCGACACACUCGUGGUACUGUUGACGUCACUUCGACUGGAGGGACGGUGGAAAAGGCGAUUCACGGUCUCCAAGGGCAUCUUCCAUCGGAUGCCGGGAGAAAUGACCAGCGAUACCAAGGUACCCACGAUGCGUUGCACGGCUCCUUUCCGCACGGUCGAAUGCGCAGAGCUGGAGGCGACGCUGGUUGAAGUGCCAUACGAAAAUCCGCACAACUGCCUGCUCAUCCUCCUGCCCACCGGUCCGGGCGGUCUCGCCAGCGUCGAGGAGAAGGUCAGCGCUCCACUACUGCUGCGCUCCAUUGACCAACUGCGGGACGCUGGUGAAGUCGAGCUGUCGUUGCCCAAAUUUACCAUCAGGCAGGUGACCGACCUCACUCAGGUCCUGCCUUCGUUGGGCGUUCGCGAGGCGUUCGCGGGAGAGGCGCUGCUUGACCGCAUGACGCCGGCCACCGACAAGGGCGUUCAUGUGUCCAGCAUCCGUCACGUGGCCACCAUCCACGUCAGCCAGGCCGGCGGUGCUCGACCGGCAGUCCCGAUGACCGGUCAGUCGCCGCCGGCGCUCGUCGUCACCAAGAAGGUGGCCGUAGAUCGGCCCUUCAUGUUCGUCGUGCUCAACAAGAAGCCUGACCUGGUGCUCUUUCUCGGCUCGGUCACCACCGUCACGUGA